AUGGCACUUCCACCUGUGGUCAUUUUUGACCCUGUCAAGCAUGACUACCUCAUACGAACAUUUGCAUUCAUACAUGAGGACUGUAUUGAAACAGACAGCACUCUAGCGACAUUCCAUCCACCGUUCCAACACGCGGAUACGAAAACACCUGAUAUUAGAGUUCUCAAGUACUGGAAGAACAACGUUGCUAGAGUCACCGAAGGCACAAAAAUCAUUUUCAUGCAGAUGGUGGUAUCUGCAAGUGGCCAGGAGGAAUUGGCAGGCUAUGUUGCUCUUGGAAGCCAGGCUACUGAGACGGGACCGUUCAGAGGCAGCGUCGAAAAGCUCCUGGUCAGCCCACGCUACAGAAGGAUGGGCAUCGCAAAGCGGCUCAUGUCAAAGCUGGAGGAGGUGGCAUUGUUAAGAGGGACUACUUUGCUAACUCUCGAUACUGAGGCUGGCAGCCCGGCAGAAGGCGUGUACCCUCGACUUGGCUACACUCGUCUCGGACUGAUUCCGAGAUAUGGGUUGUCUCCCAAGGAUGGAAGGUUGGUCGAUGAAGUCUUCUUUUAUAAGGAUCUCAGGUCGACAUGA